UUUUAGUUGAGAGAGCAUAUGUCAAGCAAGCAGACGGCUGAGGAGUGCAGCACAGUUCAUCUCUGCAGACGUCCUUGUUUUUACGUAUAGAAGUUUCAAGCUUCCUUUUCUUUGGAAAGAUGGAGAUCUCUUUUGACAACCUGGAUGCAGCAGGUUUCUUGGAAAUCUGGCAACACUUUGAUGCAGACGAUAAUGGCUACAUUGAGGGUAAAGAGCUGGAUGACUUUUUCCGGCACAUGAUGAAAAGACUGGGGCCCCAGGAGAAAGCCACCGAGGAGAGAGUUCAGAGACUGAAGCAGAGGUUCAUGUCCGCCUAUGAUGUGACUGCUGAUGGUAAACUACAGAUUCAAGAGCUGGCCAACAUGAUUUUGCCUGAAGAAGAAAACUUCCUGUUAGUUUUCAGAAGAGAAGCUGUACUGGACAACAGUGUUGAUUUUAUGAAGAUAUGGAGGAAGUAUGACAUCGACUGCAGCGGCUACAUAUCAGCUCAGGAGCUGAAGGCCUUUUUGAAAGAUUUAUUUCAGCAGCACCACAAAGAAGUGUCCCCUGAUAAACUGGAAGAAUACACCGACGCAAUGAUGAAAGUAUUUGACAAAAACAAGGAUGGCCGUUUGGAUCUCAAUGAUUUAGCCAGGAUCUUGGCUUUGGAAGAGAACUUCCUGCUUCAGUUCCAUAUGGAUGCUUCCAGUAAAGAGGAGAGAAAGAGGGACUUUGAGAAGAUCUUUGACCACUAUGAUGUUAGUAAGACCGGAGCCCUGGAAGGUCCUGAGGUGGAUGGUUUCGUCAAAGACAUGAUGGAGCUUGUCAGGCCCAACCUGACGGGUCCCGAUCUUGACAAACUGCGAGCUGUUCUGUUGCGUCACUGCGACGUCAACAAGGAUGGCAAGAUUCAGAAAAAUGAGCUGGCUUUAUGUCUGGGAGUGAAACCAAAACCUUAGAAAAACCUCCGUAACAAAUUCCUCUUAUGAAACGCUGAUUGUAUGGUGUACUUCUGAUAAUAGUGGAAUGUUAUCCACAUAAUCUCGUUCCUUUUUCAUGCAUCAAGUUUAACCUAAACCUUAAAUAACAGAAUGAACUUUAUGACAAAUUAGACUCUCUGACUUGAAACUGGGUUUCUAAGGUAGUACUAGGCUUGUGUUCGCUGGUGUAAGAUGUUUGCAAUUAAGGGUAACUUGGUGUGCUGGUCAACAACGUGAAAGUGUCUCUUUUGAAGUGAAAACUUGCUGAAUAUAAAGUUCUCUGUAGAGCCUUUUGCAUUUGCAUGUUUCUAUAAAAAUGUAAUGGUAUGUUGUAUGGUGCAUAAUAUACAGUAAUGGACUAUAAAGAAAAUAAACAAUGACAAGUGAUGGCAUAUUAA